AUGUUCGUGCCAAACGGUACUGGUGCGGACGAGGUGCAGGCCCGAACCAUCACCAACAUCGACCCUGACGUCCUUGCCGACUACGGCGACGGCAACUACUGGAUUGUGGGGGCGGCGUGGGACAUGGGGGAAAGGUGCCCGAACAACAACUACCUCGAGAGCGACAAGAUUGCCGUCGGACACGGCGUGUGCGGGGACCCUCCCCAGGGCGGGUUGGACAACCCGAACACGUACAGCACCCCGAACACCCUCUGGCCUCCGAUCUCGACGUAUGAGUCGGGAUCCAUCAUCGAGAUCAGGACGGUCAUCAACAACAACCACUGGGGGCACAUCGAGUACUUUCUGUGCGACACCGCUGACAUGGACGACCCUGACGGCGUGGUGACCCAGGACUGCUUGAACAUGCACCCGCUCGACCGUGACGAGACCGAUUGGUGGAAUAGCCCCAUCGACCAGGAAUACCCUGGGCGUUUCUUCGUGAACCCCGAUUGCCGCGGUGGAAAUGAAGAGACCGACCAAUCAGGAAGGCCCGUGCUCACCGGUGGCGGUCUCGGCUUGGACAAAGGCUACAUCAACAACGGACGUUACCAUCUGCCCAACAUUCAGUGCGAGCACUGCGUCCUCCAGAUGAAGUACUACGCGUACGUCGGGUGCCACCACCCCGGCUACCAUGAGUUCGAUCCCGAGUGGCCGGGAGAUUGCGCACCGGACAAGGAGGAUUGGCUGCCGCACAAGAACCCCGGUUGCGGCGACGAAGGCCGGAAGUGGGGCAACGUGUUCUUCGGCUGCUCCGACAUCACUCUGGUGGCCAACGGUGAGAUCAAUCCCCAGGGCAAUCAACUUUGCACAAGUAGACACACGUAUCGUAGGGACACAACUCCUCGUUCAAAUCCCUACGCCACCGAUUCCGGGAGCAGGCAUCCUUGA